AUGGCCAAGCUUAGCAAUCUUUCAAUAAAUAUCCCAUUGCUUGAAGAAAUACAAGAGAUCCCAAGAUAUGCUCAGCUUAUGAAAAAGUUGAUGUCAAAGAAUAAUCUCAUAUAUGGUGACACAAUUGAAGUCACCCAUGGUUUUAGUGCUAUCAUGAGUAGCAAAAUUACGGUAAGGAAGGAAGACCUCGAAGCUUUUACCAUCCCUUGUUCCAUCGGAAUACAUAUGUUUGAGAAAGCUCUAUGCGAUCUCGAUGGGAGUAUAAACCUUAUGACUUUUUUCAUUUAUACGAAGCUUGGAUUAGAAACCCUAAUCCCAACAUCUAUGAGACUUCUAAUGGUGGAUCGGUCUAUUAAGAGGCCGAUGGACUUUGUGGUUUUAGAUUGUGAAAUGGACCAAGAGGUGCUCAUCAUUCUUAGUGAACCUUUCUUAGCAACCGGAAGAGCCAUUGUUAACUUAGAAUUGAGGGAGAUGAGGUUUAGAGUGCAUGAGGAUGAGGUCUCCUUUCAAGUAUGCAAAACAAGGAAACAACCCGCGACACUUCAAGUGAUAUCCAUGGUAGAUGUUGAAACCAAAGAAGUGAACAAGAGGGCCCUUGAUGACCUAACUUGA